AUGUCCACAUCUCUGGCGGUGUUGUGUUUAAUUGCGUAUGCGAGUGUAACGUUCCAGACGGUCCAUGCCGCCGUAGUACGGCAGUACACCUGCGACAGUUACUUCCAAUCCUGGUGCCAACUUCACAAUGCCACAGUUCAUAUGGACACCGAUGUCCAGGCGAGCGUGUUCCCCCGAGUCCGGCAGCUAGGCUUCAUCUACGGCUCGAUCGGGAACUUUUCGCACAUCUUCAAUAAUCAACUGCACAAAGCAGGAGUUCUGCGGGUAUUCGCUCGUGGAACGCGCGUCACACACCUCACCAUGCCCAGCACCAUCGAGCAGCUCUAUCUUCGUGACAAUGGAUUGCAAUCGGUGGAGAUGGAACCGAGGACACGUUACGCGCUACGCUAUCUCAGGCUGCAGAUGAAUAAACUACGGUCUAUCGCACGGUUCGAACAUCUCACCCAGCUACUCGAGCUCAAUCUGUGUGACAAUCUGAUCGAAGACAUAGCGCUUGAUACGUUUGCCACCAUGCCCAACCUGCGUCAGCUGAUACUGUGCGGGAACCAUAUAAAGACGUUCGGAUCCUCGACGGCCGUCGUGUUGCUGCCCUCACUAACCCACCUAGACCUAGGCGGCAAUUUCAUCACGAGGCUACCCCUCGAACGGUGGCAGUUGCCACAGCUGAUUAAUCUGAGCGUGCGAGACAAUCUGCUUACCGUGCUGGACAGUGGCCUAAUCGUGCGGCGGUUCCCUUUGCUCCGAAUUCUGGACGCUUCAGCGAACGCACUCGAUUGCCACUCGUACCACCACGCACUGCAAACGUUCGUCAAUCGGUCCGUAGUGCAUCUGAUCGAUCGGCGCAUGUGCAGCGUGGACGAUGCGAUCGUGCUGGACGCGGAGGACAUGCGACGUACCAAGGGUCUCAAACCGGAGGAGGGUAACGCCAUAAUGGAGGUGCGACAUCUCAAGGAACGGAUCUUCCUGCAGCAGCGCACCAUUCAGCAGCAGCGGAUGGAAAUCGAGCAGCUGCGUGCCAACCUGACAACGCUGAUGGAGCAGUUCGAUCUGGUCGCUGGACCGGCAAGGGCACUGGAUCCAUUUUAA